AUGCCCGACUUCAAUCUCAACCUCAAUCGCCUCCCGCCUCUCUUCCUCCUCCGAGCCACCCAGUUCCUCUUCUCACUAAUCACCCUCGCCAUCAUCUCACAUCUCGCCGCGCUUAUCAACACUGCCGCCUCGGAGCUCGCGACGCCCGCACAAAUCAACUUCGCCCUCUUCACCGCGGUCUUCAGCAUCCUCCUCGUCAUUCCAUACACCACCCUCGCACCACGAUGGUUUCCUCGGAUAGCACACCGCUAUGCGAUGACCGGCGCGGAACUCACGACUGCGACCUUCUGGUUCGCAAGCAUGAUUUGCUUGGCGGAUUGGGCUAGGAAGAAGUCUAGUCGGGAGCUGGAGGAGGAGAGGUUGGAUGGCACGGGAGUGAGGGGGACGGCUGUUGCUGGGGCUGUUUUUGCGAGUUUUUGCUUCAUCCUCUUCACGACCUCCUCCAUCUUCGCUCUGUCCCACCUCCUCACCUUCGCGCCCAUCCACCAGAACAAUACCCCAACCCAUCACGCGCAGAAACCCUCGACCUCCUCAAUCACCAACCUCCUCCCGCCCCUCCCGACCAAAGCUCCAACCACUACCGUCACGACCAUCCACUACACAACUGACCGAUCCCCGAACGAUCCACCUUACAAGCGCACACAAUAUCGCGCCGAUGCACGCCCCUUGUCCUGGCGGAGCUUCAAAUCCGCGCAAGCGGCCUCAAAAGCCCGCUCGCGGAACCACUUUACGCUAUUACGUGCCCAACAACAAAGAGAUGCAGAGGACUACGAGGAGGAGCAGCGACGGCGGAAGUGGAAUCUAGGAUGCGGAUUAGGUGUUGGAGGGGGUUCAGGCUGGGCAGGCAUCCCCUUCAGAGGAGGGAGUGGUGGCGGGUGGGAGCGGUUUGGAAGAAACAGUCCUGGGAGUGACGAGAAGCAUUGGGAUAAGCUCCUGCGAGAGCAGCGGGAGAAGCCGAAUCUGGUGGUGGUGCCGCCGCGAAAUCCGGGGACGAGGGGUUGGUGGAGUAAGUUUGAGGAGGAGGGAAGAGGGGCUGCGGCGAUGCAGGCGCAGCAGCAGCAGCAGCAGCAGCAGGAGCGAAGUCCAUGGGCUGUAGUGAGGCCAUAUAGCACGAAGGUGGUGCAGGUCGCGGGCCAGGCUUGGGAGAAGGCGAGGGAGGUCAGCUUUGGUGUCGGUGUGAGGAUCAGUGCAGCUUUGGGUAGCAGAGGUGGUGUUGCACGGCACAGUGGAUGGUUCGGGGAAGCUCCGCCGAGGUGGCCGAUCGAUAUUGCGAGCGAGAGGGGCUCGAGAGGGACCUCAAGGGGAAGGUCGAGGACGAGGGCGGAAAUUGGGAAUCCGGGUGGUGGAGGGAGGAGAUGGGAUGGAGCGGAGGUUGUCUGA